AUGCGGAAGUUGAAGAGCAGUAGCAGCAGAGGAAAUUACAGAACAGAACUCCAAAACAAGAUAAUGGAAGGACCUGUGGCUCCUGGCAGCCAAGAGUUUAUUCUAAAGGAUGAAGAUAAGUACAAUGUCGCCUCGCUGAAGCAUCUCUGCACGAAGUACAUGGUGGAGAACACAAAGUCUCCCAAAGUACAAAACGCCCUCAAUUGGUACUCUUGGGCUAAAGCUCUUCACCUGGACGAACUGAUUGAACAGUGCGCAAAAACUAUAGCCUGGAAUGCAGAUAACAUCAUUAAGUCGACUGAAUGGCUGACGAUGGACAUUGACUUUGUCACGGAUCUUUUACAGAGUUCCAGUCUUGUGGUUACCAAUGAAUACAGCCUUUACCAGGCACUCAAGACAUGGCUGCUACACCAAGAAAGCUUGAAACCAAAUUCUUUUAGUGAGAAUGUCCAGAAACUGAUGCCGUUUAUUCGUUUCCCGCAAAUGCUGGUCUCUCAGCUCUACGAAAUCGAAGACUCCGAUAUGUUAGAGAUGGUAGAGUACAAAACCCUGUUGCAUCACUUAAUAAGCAAAGCCUAUCGCUUUCGCUCACUGUGCCCGGCACAGAGAGAGCUAAAAGUCUCGUUUGAUGAACCUUUCUACUUGCCAAGAGACUAUAAAGAACUAAUGGUUGAUAGUGUACGCAUGCACAAUACGCAUCGUUUUGGAAUCCAAGUCGAUGUCCGUACCUACGUGGGACCAGUGCCUUCUGAAGUGAAAGAGGGUGACUGGAAGAUUACCUACAGGAAGAAUGCUGAUCAAUGGAUAUUGCAGAUCUUUUGCCAUGAAUCUGCACUUGUUCAAGGGGAAGCGAGAGUGAUGUCAAGUUUGAUAGUUUAUAAUGACGAAGAGGAGGUCAUUCAGGUAGAGCAGUCUUCCCCGACCGUUUGCUCUCGAGGCAACCAUAUGUCGCAUACAAUUGAUAUUAUCAAUCCUGAAGUUGCUAGGACAAUGGCUGUUUUAAUAAAGCCAGUGCCGAUAUAA